UUCGGGAGACGUACCUGUCUGAAAAAGCGCAACUAGGCAAGUUGGCGAACUACACAAGCGCAAAACAGCCUUGGGAAAACCCAUUUGAGGAAUUGUUGCUACGCGGCAAGAGAAAAGGAGAUCGGGAUGCAGAGGAAGAAGGCGAUCAUGAUGCUUAAGGCUUCCCCUAAUCGAUCCAUCUUCUCCAGAAGCAAGCAUCUUGAAGCUGUUACAUAAGGAGAAAAUGUCAUCUUCAUCUAUCAGGAAGAUGCAUGAUUUUAAGAUGAAUCAAAUUCAAAACUGUGGGCGCUAGCGCUACUUCUAAGAUGAGCACAAUGAAGAUCAACAAGAGCAUGAUUCAUCUGGGAGAGUUAGCAGGCCACCAAUACGGCUAGCGGAAAGGUAUUCGCUAUCGAGAUAUCAUAACGCAGAACAUGAGGAGGAGGCUGCGACAGUUGACCCCAU